AUGUCAUCCCCAACCAUAACCACCGCCAAAGCCGCACCCCCUGCCGACAUCCUCCCACGCGCCUCCUUCGCCGCCAUCGCCUUCUACGCGUCGGACAAGCUGCGCUUCUUCCAGUUCCCCGAGCCCGUGUGCCGCGAGGGGGCCGCCCAGGUCAUCCGGGCAUCGUGGCCCGACGGCAUCCAGGGCGAGACCUACCACGUCGGCACGGCGGCCUACGAGUACAAGCUGGGCGGGCGGCCCUUUGGCAGCACGGGCGAGGCCGCCGGGCUCGGCGCCCGCGUGCUGGUCCGCAACCUGCUGGCCUACCUGCACUCGCUGGGCUGGCUGCUCGACGCGUCGCUGUCGCAGGCCCGCGACGUGGCCAGCAAGGACACCCUCAUCUUCCGGCAGCCCAGGGGCGGCGAGCCGGAGCCGGAGCCGGAGCCGCCGGCGGGCCCGCAGCCGAGGUGGAUGGCCAUCGCGCUGACCAGCGGCGACCGCCUGCGCUUCCUUGGGGGCUGCGGCGACGGCGAUGGCGAGGGGACCAUGAUCGGGACCAUGAGACGCGAGCUGCAGGGGCUCGGCCUGCUGGCGCGCGGGCAGAGGGAGACGGACCCGGGGCUCACGGCGGGCUCGGUCGAGGCCGGGUACGAGUUCAAGCUGAAGCGGUCCAUGUGGAGAGCCGAGUUUGGGGAGAAUGUGCUCCAGGCGCGGGUCCUAACUCUGCGGGUUGCCGAGGUUCUCGACAGCUUUGGAUGGAGAUCAUACGCCACCGUCCGGCAACGGGAGGGCGUUGAGAGCUUCAUCAAGACGGACACAUGGUACUUUAUCAACACUGGAGAGUGA